GCUAUUAAGUUCUGGUUAGCGUUAGCCUUUUUUUUUGUGUUCUCACUAUUAUAAGAAGCUUAACAUGUUUUUACACGUAUAGCAAAACCGGCCAGUUCGUCGAUAAGGUUGGAGAAGGUAGGAAGUGGUAAGCGAUAGGAAACUUCUCUUAGUUAGAAAGUUAAAGGAAGGAACUGCAUAGCAGACAGUUGAUGCUGCUCUAAAAGCUACAAGGAAUAGUGAAUUGAAACGAAUCUGUGACUAAUGCCUUGGCUAGUUUUAUUGUAUGCUAGUUUCCACCUGAACUUUCUUACUUUUCAUCCUGAAAUCCCAUUUCAAUAACAUUUAAAAUUUUUUAGAAAAUAACAAUAACUAAUAGGACAUUCGGGUCUAUUCAAUAAAGGAUGGAAAGGAGGUUUUAUGCAAUACAAAUUAUGUAACCGUGCACAGCCAAAAGCCAGAACACGGCUGUAACUGUUGAAAAGUACGCCAGAAUAACACAAAUGAUCAACUAUAAAGCAGAUAUAUACAUACUAUAUAAUGUAUUAUAAUAGUGAAUAGCGUUGUUUUAUCGAUUUUUUGUUUGUUUGAUAGAAGGGAAGAACAUUACAGUAACCUGUAGUUUAGCGAGAUUGUUAAUCAUAUCGUGGGACUGAUUCUUAACAAAAUGAAAGUGCGUUUAUACUUGGGUGGAUUGUAUGGAGCAGUGUGUUAUUCUGCAAAGUUUGGAGAGUAGUUGCUGAUCAGGUUUAAGAUGAUCACGUGUCAGGAAAUUAUGGCCCCAAAUGCUUCCACGACUUGAGUCGAGCCUUUAACAUUUUGGGUGGGUUGCGAGACUGAGCUGCUUUCUCUUGCUAUCUUUUAUUAUGUAUUAUUGUUAUGUAUUCUUAUCUUCACAAGCUACCGUAUCCUUGCCAAAACCUCUAUAUAAAACCUGGAUAUUCGACAAGUCUGUACACAUGAAUAGCUGGUUUCUUUUUCAGUCUGGAGGAUGAAGACCUCAAGUCGAAUGGUUUGCCCUUGUUAAUGAAGAGUAUUGAUUUUGCGCCAGUUUUACGACAAUGUCGGAAAAAGAAGUUAAUGACCGAACGGAAUAGUUAUUCUACAUCAUUUAAAAAAAAAAGGUUCUGCCUGCCAGGACAUAAUUCCUUUCUGUGAAUCACAAGAUAUCUGAAGCGAUUUCGCGUGUAAACACCUUCUGGUGACAAGCCUGAACUAUUUUUGCGUGGUUCAGCAUGAAACUUUCACAGUAUUUUUGAGUGAAAAGCUGACUGUCAGUUUGUUCUUUGGAAAAAUAACUUCCAUGUUUGAGUCUUCCAAGAAUUGUAUUACAUGAGAGCACCUUACAGAGCCUGUAGUCCCAGUGCAUAUUUUCUGAAGGUGUUGCGUGAGGAUUGUCGUUGCCAUGCCCACGCACACACUAAUUCCACACGUGGAGAGUCCCGAUGGGCUAGGCCAUGACGUCCUCAAUCACAGCAGUGCCACUAUGCCCAGCUCUGGCUCCAGCUCCAGUGUAACAGCCCAUGUGAGGUUGGCGGAGAAGGUUGAAAUGCAGUCGGCAUUGCCAGGCACCUCACCUCUGACCUGCAUGUUUUGCGAGGAGACGUUUGAGCACGAGGAUGAGCUCGGGCCGCACCUCCUUUCACAGCACCCCACCACGUUCGACGCUCCAGCUGUUCUCCGCGUCGAGGCCGAGUUCUUAACGCCUAGCGAGAGGAUUCGCUUGAAAACAUGCCAGAAUGAGCAAAACGAGGAGCUGAGCUGUGAUGUGUGUGGCCAAGCAACUGAAAACGUUGCUGCUCUCGAGGCUCACAUGCGAAAACAUAAGGACUCCUUCAUUUACUCCUGCAGCUUUUGUGGCAGGCGCUUCAAAGAGCCCUGGUUCCUCAAGAACCACAUGAGGACCCAUGGAAAAUCCAGAUCCAGCAAGGGUCAGGACGCAGAGCCCCCUAUUACAGUCAACGGCGUUGUCCAAGAUCGACCACCAUCCCCUCUGAUGACGACUUACAAAAUGUGCAUGGUUUGUGGGUUUUUCUUCCUCGACAAAGAGGCACUAGCAGAGCACAGCAAAGUGCACAAUCGCGAGCCAGAAGCCGAAGAGAACGCGCACAAUAAGAGCCAUCCCAAUCGGGAUGUAGAAGUCUCUCAGGAAUGCUUUCUUCAGUGCUUCAAUUUACACAGAACAUCUGAGAACGGUGAGGGAAAAGGCCAACCCGGCCGCUGGAUCUCGCAGCUGGACCCAUUCAACACCUACCAGGCCUGGCAGCUGGCUACCAAAGGCAAGAUUGCUGCAGGACCCAACCUGAGCAAAGAGCUCAACGCAGACUCUAAUUCUGACAAUGAGGAGUCGGGUUCAGAAAAGGAGGAGCUGGGAUCUAUCUGGGACUCCAGCGGAGGUGAUAAACUGGUGAGACGGGGUCUGAGGAGUGAGCUCAAGGCCAAACUCAGCGGCGGUGGGGGUGAUUUAGCAGAGCAGAAGAGCCUGAGUCUGCGCAAAGACAAGCCCACAGACUGCGAAGAGUGCGGCAAAACGUUCCGAACCUACCAUCAGCUGGUUCUGCACUCCAGGGUUCACAAAAGAGAGAGAGGAGGAGCGGAGAGCCCCACCACACCCAUAGAUGGGAGGACUCCGAGCGUUAGCUCCGCCGGGAGUCCGUCACUGGAUCGAGCGGAAGAUGGCUCCGAGGACGGAUAUGAAGAAGGUGUUCUCGCUGAGGCUUUUCAGACAGAUAAAAUUGAAGAAAGCUCACACAAAAUGAAACUGAAAAUCCUUGCUCCGAGGAAGUGCUGUUACUGUGGCAAGACUUUCCGCUCCAACUAUUACCUCAAUAUUCAUCUCAGGACUCAUACAGGUGAAAAACCUUACAAAUGUGAAUACUGUGACUAUGCUGCAGCUCAGAAGACCUCUCUGAGAUAUCACCUGGACCGACGCCACAAAGAUAAACCUUAUACCGAGAUCCCCAACAUUCCAGUGACUGCUGCUAGCAGUGCCAAGGGUCAAGAUUCUCCUAACAACAAGGAUGACAAGCCAGCCUCCAAAGCACCUAAACAGUGGCCCGCCCCCAGCGUGGUGUGUGCCAGCGUCAAGCAUGAAGCUGUACCCAGCCAGGCAGGGGUCGCCGUCGCCAGCCCCGUCACUCGCGCCAAAGAAGAGUGUGGCAACAUGUCCGCCACGACUCCGUACACUCCUCCAAACAAGCCUCAAGCAAACGGCCCUUUCCCGAUCAACCUGAAAGCAGAAGGGAAAGAAGCCUCUGAGGCGCCUUUAAACCUCUCCCUUAAAACAUCUCUGUCUUUACCUUCUACCUCUAUACCUAGGAAUAUGUUACUGACCAAUAGCUGCACCUCCUGUUCUUAUGAAACCCUCUAUCCCGAAGUCCUGCUCAUGCACAGGAAGCUUCUACAUAAAGAAAAGUCGGAGACUAAGAAGAAUCUCUACAGGGCCCCGAUAAAGCUCAAGCGUUACACGGGGUGUCCCCCAGCGCUCGAAGGAAAAGACGUGGCCCCUUUGGCCCACAUCAACAGAAAACAUCCUCGACGGACCAAAUCUCCAGCACCCCAACCGGGAAAAUCUUCCAGACCUCCUCAGGACACAUACAGGACUCGUCCAGGGAUCAUUUCAAAGAAGCCAGAGAUUUCAAAGAUGUCCCCUGCAAAAGAGCCCUGGAGAGAGCAGCAGAAAGCGAGCCAGAGGUUCAGGGCUGCAGAAUCGGCUGUUAACGUCCAAACCAGGUUUCCAGAGUCCAUGGCUGAACCGAGCAGGAAAUUUACCUCUCUCGCACUCUCGCAGAAGCCUGCUCCGGUUAAAAACGGCAUCGUCUGGUCCUCGGAAGCAAACAGGUUAUGUCUGUCCGAUCGAUUCAGGAACCUGGCGCAGACGGACGUAGGUGAACCCUCCAACAAGAGGGCGAGACCUUCCGAGCCUCUUCAGGGCACAGGGAGAACUGCAGAGCUGCCCUCGGACAGAAACAUGAAACCCUUCAUGCAGCCUGUCCGUGUGGCCUCGGAAUCAGGGAGUCGUAUGGACACUGACUGGAAUGUAAUCAACCUGCUGCGCACAUACACACCCAAUGAACUGGCAUCACUGUACCAACCUUCUAUCUCAGGCUCCAGCCAUGCUGUGACUGGAAAUUCACCCGCUGCUGGGAGCAGGGCGCUGUCCUUCUCACAUUACCCUGGUAACAUCAUUCAGCGAAGAAGCCACCCUAAUCCUCCUGAUGCCACCUCUUAGGAACAUGGUUAAAAUAUUUGGACAAAACCAACAAUCUGAACUAUGACUGGGGAAAAACUUCACGUUUACUCCUGACACUACUUCUACAGACAGACACGGCGAGACGUGAUAUUAAGGCUGUGCGGGGGUUUCUUGCCUAUCUCGACCUUGGAUAAGAGGCGGCGUGAACUCAGAACUGGGCCUUGAACAGUGUUGCCUUUUGACAUGUCCUAAAGUUCCAGUCUAUCGACAGCGUACAGAUGUGGUAUUGCACUUAACGGGAAACGCAACACGUAUUGUGCACUCCAGUUUACUGUUAAACCUUCGACAUGUUUCGAAAAAUCAAAUGCUUUCGGGGGCUGAGCUUUGAUUUGCCCACAAUAUUGCAUCGAAUAAGUGCCUCUUCUACUUGAUCUAAAUGCUGUUACACAAAGGUAGGCCAGACCAAAUAUUUGAACCCGUGUUCGGUUUCAGAUGAACUAUGUUUUGUAAAUGUUGAAACAUUUCUGUUUAGGCUGUGCUGAAAAAGGGGCUCGACUUUAUGCCACGCAGCUUCAGGCAGGUUUUUUUGAUGUUGCAAUUAAAAAAAAGUUGGUUUUUUUUUUCUUCUA